GUCAAAAAUGCUCUGCACAUCUUAAUUUUACUGUUGACACCUAGAGGUUAGAAUUGGAAUAUUAUGCAAGAAGUUAUCAUAAUAAUAUUAACAUUAUUACAGGCAAAAGUCCAUUUUGCUUAUUUGAAUUAAAGAGAGAAUUUUAAUGAAAUUUUAUGUGUAGAAGAUAAAUUAACGUUUUAUGGAAAUAAAUACGUUAAUCAAUAUGAAUAUGCAAGAAAAGAAUUCAGUAAAACUACAGGGCACUCGUCAUAACACACUGAAAAUUUUUAAAUGCCCUCAAUGUGGCUCAACCUUUGAUCGUGCUUCACAAUUGGGCUAUCAUCAUCGAAGUAUUCAUUUAGGAGAAAGGUCUCAAAUUUGCCAAAUAUGUGAGAAGGGUUUCUUUCGUAAGGCAGAUUUACGUACCCAUUUAAACAUCCAUCUGGGUACAAAUUUUCAUAUUUGUGAGGUCUGUGGAAGAAAGUUUAGUCACAUAUCGAAUCUUAUAAGACAUUGCAGAAUGCAUACAGGAAUUAAACCAUAUUCAUGUGUAAUUUGUGAUAAACGGUUCACACAAAUUUCUUCAUUAGCAAGACAUAGACAAAUGAUACAUGGAAUACCAAAGGAAACCAUGAACCAGUAUUGUAAUCCUAGUCUUAUCAACAAUAAAUCACAAGUCACUAAUCAUGCAUUAAAAGAGAACAAGACAAUAGAUAAUAAUAUAGAAAGUAGAUAUGAGAUUUAUAUGGAACCAAAAUGUCUCAAUCAGACUAGAGAUUCAGAUGUACAAAAAAAUGACAUAAUUUUUAAUCAACACAAUAACGAUAUGGACAAUAAAGCAUCUUUGCAGACUGGUAUUUACAUCACAUCUAAGCAGGACAAUUUAAUGGAAAAUGAGAGUACAAAUCGAUUGCCACAAGCAACUCAUAUUGCUGAGAUUGAAGAAAGACUUGGAUCUACUGAUUUACCGAUAAAUAAAACUGUCGUUUCAAAUUCUCCUCAAAAUAUAGUUAAUAAUCAUGAACAGAUACAAUCCAAAGACAACAUAAGUUAUUUACAUCAAUUAGACAAAAAUAAUUUUACCUUUCUACCACGAGAUAGAGGACCUAAUAUUGAAUUAAACACUCAAAACGAUGAAAAUAUUUUAAGAUCGAGUGACUCGGAUAUGUGUAUAGUUCACGGAACUUGUAAAGAAACUUCUACAAACGAUAUAAAGAAACCAUUAAAUACGGAUACAAAUUUGCAAACUUGCAAUUCUAAUGAAGUUUCAGCAAACCAAAAAUUUCUGCAUAAGCAAAUAAGUACGGAAGAUAUUAUUAAUGAAAAUAGGAAAUACAAUAAAUUGUUAAGUGAUGAUGACAAUCAAUUAUACAUAGAGCUUUCUGACUCGGGAAUGUUGAAAUUCGAUGACUCUCGAUACUGUAAUAAUACAGAUUCAGUCAGUAUGAAUCUCAGUCAUACAAUAAAAUCCCAAUCUUCUACUGUUGCUAAUGACGUAAUAUAUGCUCCUGUUGAUAUGCAAAAUCAGGACAACUUGUUGCAGAAUGAGGAGAAUUUAGAGAAUUUCAAUAACUUGAGUAACAUAGUGUUAAAUAAUGAAGAGCCAAUGUUGCGUUUGGUGCAGACGGAUACUGGCGAGCAAUUUUAUGAAUUCAUAAUGAAUAAUUUGGUGGAAAAAAUGCAGAACGCUUCGUGCAUAAAGGAUUUGGAGAAUAAGGUUGAGGAACCAUCAAAUACUUUUAGAUAUUGUCCAAAAAUGGAGCUAAGUCCUAAAGAAAGUAAUGAAAAAAGCGAUCAGAGCGAACAGAUAGAGCAUCAGCAAGCUUUGGAAAGCCUCACCGAUAUAAAUAACGAAUUUAAUUACACACAACUUGAUUUUCAUGGAGAAGAAAAGAAUUUCACUGCCCUGUGCCACGACGAAUCUGAAAAUUUCCAGCAAAACUCGAAAGAUGACGAAUGUGCGGAUAACAUUGAAGAAAAAAGUAUGCAAGCCUACAAUUCUGCGAAUCUGGAAUUAUUGGAAAACGAAUCGCACGUGGAUUUUGACAAAUACGUCGAAACAAAUCUCGAAGCGCUUGACAAACUGAAUUAUGAAAAUUGCAAUGAGAGAUUUUUGGAGUUCGUGGAAGUUGCUGAUAUCGGUAUAGAAUCCUCAGGAUUCAAGGAAUCUUCAAUGAUACGUUUAAUUCAAAGCGACGGUGAACAAUUAUUAGAACUGUUGCAAGAUUCUCAAAUUGCUGAACAGGAAUCGAAUCAAGAUUUCUUAGAAGCCAAUAAUCUCGACAAAGACUGUUCAAAUGUUUUGCAAGAUAGCAAUAAAAUAGUCGAUUGUCCGAAAAAUAAAUCAGAUUUCUUCACAUAUGUCGAGGAUAAUGUGCUAUUAGAGGAAAAUAUAAAUCAUAAUCAGGGCAUAGAGAAUAACGAAGAGCGCGUAGACAGCAAUGACUUGUACGCGGAUAUAAUGACUAGUGAAAGUACAAGUAACAAGAAAUGCGUUAAAACAUCAGAGGAGCCGAAGAAGUUGAAGACGAAAGACACUACGAAAAAGUUUCAAUGUACCGAAUGCAAAAAAGCAUUCUCGACAUCGUACAACUACAAACAGCACAUCGGUAUACAUUUUACGGAUCAGCAAAAAUUUCAUUGCAAGGAUUGUGGAGUAUCCUUCGCUUGGAAAUCCACCUUGAACAAGCACAUUGCGAAUAAUCAUAGUUCAGACGGGCCGCAGAAGUUUGUUUGCGAGAUUUGCCCGAAGGUUUACAGCACCUUAUCGCAAGUAAACGAGCAUGUAAAAAGAGACCAUCUGAAGCAGCGCAAUCACGUUUGUUCACAUUGCGGUAAGUCUUUUUUCAAAAGAUUCGAUCUGAAGACUCACAGUAGAACGCAUACGAACGAACGUCCGUACGUGUGCGGUAUCUGUGGCAAAAGGUUUCAUCAUCAGAGCCACAUCAUUCGUCACGAGCGCACGCACUCGGGCAAGAGGCCAUACGUUUGCGAAGUUUGUCAAAAGACCUUCACACAGCCUAGCUCGUUGAAGGCGCACAAGCAGAAGCAUCAGCAGAUUCGAAUGGACUUUUUGGAUUAUCAGAUCGACGAGGACGAUCCUAUUGCUCUGGCGACAUUGUGAAAGAAAGGCGUGCGAUUGUGAGACAAAUGUGAGAUAAUAAAAACAUUGUAAGAUAUCGUAAGAUAUCUUAUCUUUAGCGUAGCGCUAUGAUGUAGUAAUAAUGCAGUUCUAUCAUCGCGAUUGCAUCACCGUUGUUAUUGUCACGUUGUUACUUUUUUAACUAAAAACUGUUUGAAUUGCGGAAACAGUGUUUACAUUUAUUUAUUCGCGCCGAGCUAGCUUGUAAUAGAUAUAUUGUACAGUUGACGAGACUCUGUGAGAGUAUACUUAAUAUAUUCUUUUAUAUUAAAUUAUUUUUUCAUGUC